AUGGGUGAGCUUGUAAAUGCUGCAAGAACAUUAGGUGAAACAGGAAAUUUUGUAGAUGGUUUUAAAAGACUUGUUUCAAAUGUUUUAACAAACACAAAGAAAUUAUUUAGAUAUACCGUACAUAACGGACGGAUUUUCGAACAGAUAGCAACAAACCCUCCGGUUAUGGCUGCGUUGAUGAUGGUUAGAGAUAUAAAACCACGUAACGACGGGAACGAAGAACAUGAACAACAGGAUACUGGUCGGGUUAUUCGAGACAUUAAAAACGUGUAUCCUGAAGUUAUUGAUUUAUUUAGAGGAGUUAAUGAUUCAAUUUCAAAACAUUCUAUAACCCUCGAUGAAGAGAAUAAAUUAACAGAUUAUAUAUUCGUCAUUAUUGCAGAAUUAAUGAAGAGAAUAAAUGAAAAAGGAAUUGGUGAUAUCAUUAAUGUCAGCGAUGUAAUGAUGAAAAGAAAUUUUGACUCAUUAUUUACAAAACCGAAAACAGAAUAUAGUCUUUAUGACGUAAUUACCGAAUUAAUGAAAAAGAUUAAUGAUAAUAAGAGUUCUGGCGGAAGAGUUGAAUUAGAAGUGAAUGAUGUUAAUGAGAAAUUAGCCGAAAAAGCAGACAAAAAUGAGCUUUUAGCUCUGAGUGAUAAAGUCAAGAACCACGUUCAUUAUAUAACUUCAGACGAACAGAUUAUAACGGACUACCAUGGAUAUUUAACACGAAGUGAUGAAGUGAAGACGGAAGAUGUUAAUGAAAGAAGAUAUAAAUACAUUCGUGCUAAAGGUUAUGACAUAAGCUGUACUGUACAGUAUGACACGGGUAAAGCACCAGAAGCAUUUA